AUGAGCGAACCAAAGAAAAAGCUACGCUCUGGCGGAUCAGUACAGCACUAUUUCUAUGUGGCACUGCAAUCGAUUUGGAGAGAGCUGUACGCAGUGGUUAGGAAGCUAAGAAAAACAUACCCUCAACACCGUAUCUUAUUCACUGGUCACUCCUUAGGAGGUGCACUGGCCAGCCUCGCCUCCACUAUGUUCGCUCAUAGACACCCAUCAGUUGCAGACAGGAUCCAUCUGAUCACAUUUGGGCAGCCGCGAGUGGGAAAUUACGAAUAUGCUGUGACUCACAGUGAGCUUAUUACCGAAUAG